GCGCAUUCCGAUCAUUUGUUUAAACAUUUCAAUAAAAUACUAACUAUUUAUUUAUAUUUUGACUUAUCAAAUGACAUCAGGUCGUUUACAAAUGACUGAUGGAUCAGCAACAGAACAUUUGAAGAAAUUCGUCUUCACAAACGUUACUCAACCAAACCAUCAAGGGAUACCGCCAGAAAAGUCGCUUGAAAUACUUAUCCCCGAGCUCUUGCAAUCCGGCUACUCAUUUUACACUUGGCCUUGUGCACCAAUACUCGCUUGGUUUUUGUGGGAAAGACGUCAUUCUUUGGUUGGAAAACGAGUUUUAGAACUUGGAGCAGGCACAGCCCUGCCUGGUAUACUAGCCGCAAAGUGUGGUGCGCAGGUUAUUCUAAGUGAUAAUUGUAUCCUACCCAAAUCUCUGGCACAUAUACGCCGAGCUUGUUUAGCAAACAACUUGGUUCCUGGACAAAGUAUCGAUGUUAUUGGUCUCAGUUGGGGUUUACUAUUGAACAGUGUAUUUAACUUGGGUUCUCUUGAUUUAAUCAUAGCUGCAGAUUGUUACUACGAUCCAAGUGUAUUCGAGGAUAUUGUUGUAACAGUCUCGUUUUUAUUGGACAGAAAUCCCGAAGCAAAGUUCAUAUUUACAUAUCAAGAGCGUAGUGCGGAUUGGUCAAUCGAAGCAUUGCUAAAAAAGUGGAAUUUGCAUGCAGCUCAGAUAAAUAUCGACGACAUUGGAAAGUAUUCUGGUGUAGAUUUAAUUGAGUUAAUGGGCGGCCAUACCAUCCAUUUAGUUGAAGUAUCUAAGUAAUUAUUUAAACAAAAUAAAUAUAGGUAUAAUGUC